CUUGAAGGACUACAGAGGUGAAGGCAUGUGGUUCUGAGACAGGAAUUUCCAGAUGACAGUAUGCAGUAGUAAGAGUUGCAUUUACUGGAAACCAGUUGAGGUAGGUCUAGACUCUACAUAUUUUGUUGAUUGAUAAGUCAGUUAUUGGUUUGGCUUUAUUCACUUCAUUAAAAUUUAUGUUCUUUCAAGGAAAAUUAUUGUUGGUAAUAUAACACAAGUGCUGGCAACCAUUGGAAUGAAUAACAUCUUGCUCACUUUUAUUCAGAUUUUCUGUGAGCGAGAGUUAAUGAUUCAAUAGCUACUUACUUAUACCCUCUUACUGUAGCUAUGUUGACAUCCAUCGCUACGCUAAAAUGAAACAAAUGAUCUCUGCUCUAAGACAUACUGGCCAGUCUGCACUCCUUUAUGUCAAUAACACUCUAUUUAAGGACGGACAGCACACAUUCAGGUUCUUACAGAGACUCCCAGCCAGCUUCUCUCUUUAUCGGUAGAUUGGUCCCGGUUUGCUGUGGUGCCAUGUGACAGAACCCCUGGUCUCUCUACUCUGCCGCUUAUCUGAAAUACCAAAUUCUUACCCCUAUUCUGCUUCUCUCUCCUAAUGUCUUUUUCAUCAGCAUUUCAAAAUGAUACUGCAAUAUUUGAAAUACUUCAAAUAUUUAAAACUGCAGUGCAGUAUAUGGGGGUUACAAAGGGCUAAAAUUAACGCCUUCCUGUAUAACUACUGUAUGUUUAUGUUACUGUUUUUUAUAAGGAAGCUUAUAAAAUAAUUUUAAUUAGAAAUGUAUUACAUCUAUGUUACAACUGAAGUACAUUCAGACUUGGGCACCGUUUUAGAUUAUUGUGAAGUAGUGCAAUUGUUUCUAGCAUAUGUCUUACUACUAAAUGCAAAGGUUUUUUGUCCCAUCUUUAAUGGUUCCCACACUGGCUCUCCAUGGAUCAGGUUCCCUACCCCUGAUUUACAGGCUUGUAUAUCCAAGCAAUAUUCAAUUCUACUAAGUAUAAUUCCUUCCACAUGCACAAAAAUCUGCGAAGCUUCUUUGUUUGGGUUAAUAGCCUAUUGGGAACAGCCACAACAGAGUCGUGCAAUACCUGUGCAUCUAGGCUCAACAGCAAAUCUCAGCAGAUUAUCAAUACUGGUGCAAGAAUAGGCUUGUCCUGUGUCUUAUAAGACAUUCAGCUUUCCUGCCAAGUCCACUCAGAAAAGUGUCUGUCUAAAUGUUGCUGACUAUAUUUUGUCUUUAAAUGUCCCUCUCUCCCUAGUUGUCCUUACUGAUUAUGCUCGAAAACAUAAGACCUGUUUGACUACCUUGAGGGUCAUUUCCAGAACUGACCCAAAGAAGAUGCAUUUUAUAUAAAUGGAGGUGGUGCCGUCCUACCUGGCCACAUCCCCUAUCCUCUCUGACGGUGCUGUCCUCAUGGAGGCCCAGCGGGCUAAGGGCCUGGCCCGCCACUCCGAUUCCGGGUCCUCCGUCCACGGCCUGGGCCCCUCGCAGAUGAUAGGGGAGAAUGAGACCCUGAAGAAGAGGAGGAGAAGACGGAGGAAGACCAAAGCUGACAGCAUGAAGCGGGAGGACAACGGGAAAUACUCUGAGGAUGAGGACGUGUUCACGCUCGAUUUGAGCUCCGAUGAGGAGAAGGAACCGAACGGCGAUAGGGCCUUGAUGCAUGACGUUCGCAUAGAGCCAGGACGUAUGGGAGAGCAUUCCCACAGCACUUUCAAACAAAGCACAGCGUAUCUAUGCCCCGAGGGAGACUCCUUUCCUCUACAGAGCAAGACAGUUGAGCACAAACACCAGUCACGUGCUCUGGCUAUUCGCACCAGUGAGGGGCUGUCUGCCUCAUGUCCGCCGCAGUCUUCUCUCUUUCAGCCUCCAGACAGCGACUCCUGGUCCUCCACUCCCAAGAGCGACUCAGAGCUGGUCACCAAGCCCUCGGACAAAGAGAAACGGGACAACCCUGAGAUGUUAUGGACGUGGGGAGAGCUGCCCCAUGCUGCCAGGCUGUCUUUGGUCCCAGUUGAGGCGGAGGUUCAAACGCCGCCGCCCCCUAUGUCUGUCCCAGUGUCUGAGAGCACACACUUCCGGGCCAUCUCCGGGGAGUGUCCUCCUGAGGACCCCCCACUCGUCCCCUCGAUGCCUGAGGCUAGCGGCCACACAGCCAUAGGGCAGGAAGAGGACGGGACCGUCGCCGCCUCCCGCCCACUCUCUGAGCUGGAUGAGGUCGGGGACAGUCAGGUGUCCUGGCCAGUCAGCAAAACCGACUCACCCUCCAAAAAGAAAGACAAACGGAGUCGACAUCUGGGGACAGACGGUGUUUACCUGGAUGACAUCACAGAACUGGAACCCGAAGUGGCUGCUUUGUACUUUCCUAAAAAUGAUGGGGGAGGUGCUGUUAGGAGUGGCUCUGACUGUGGAGCCAGGAGUGCCAGUCAUUCUCCACAGUCGGUUAGCAGCUCUGGCAUGGACAGUGGAGUUGAUAGUUACUCUGAACAGAUAGGCGACCUGCCCUCUGUCGCCAUCUCCCUGUGCGGGGGACUAACUGACAACAUUGAGAUUAUCAAAGAACAGUUUGAAGAAAAGGCGGUGUCUUACCAUCAGUUUGCGGAAAACCCUGCACUCAUCGACGACCCGAACUUGGUGGUGAAGAUUGGAACCAAGUACUACAACUGGACCACUGCUGCUCCUCUCAUGUUGGCUAUGCAGGCCUUUCAGAAGCCCUUGCCUAAGGCCACAGAGGAGAACAUCAUGAAGGAGAAGAUGCCGAGGAAAGGCGGCCGAUGGUGGUUCUCAUGGCGCGGGAGGAGCAGCGGCUCGAAGUCGGAAUCCACUGCGGAUCAGGUCAGUGAGGACAGAGAGCAGCCUGGGAGUAGUGACCCUAUACACAGGCAUAAAGACGAAUCGUCCUCCAGUGAUGAGGAACACCAAGGAGCUAAAUCCAACCCUUGUUCCAUCCAGCCGGAGGCCUCGCUCCCUCCAGGAGGAACUUACUACAAAAAGACGCUUCGUCUGAGCUCUGAGCAGCUGAGGAGUCUGCAGCUAAAGGAAGGACCCAAUGAUGUCGUCUUCAGCGUCACCACACAGUACCAAGGCACUUGUCGGUGUGAGGGCACCAUUUACUUGUGGAGAUGGGAUGAUAAGAUUAUUGUUUCUGACAUUGAUGGCACCAUCACCAGGUCUGACACCCUUGGGCAUAUCCUUCCAACACUGGGUAAAGACUGGACACACCAAGGCAUUGCUCGCCUGUACCACAAUGUUAGCCUAAACGGAUAUAAGUUUGUGUACUGCUCUGCCCGGGCCAUUGGCAUGGCGGACAUGACUCGAGGGUACCUGCACUGGGUGAAGGAGAGGGGCACCAUGCUGCCACAGGGCCCUGUCCUGCUCAGUCCCAGUAGCCUCUUCUCUGCCUUACACAGGGAAGUCAUUGAAAAGAAACCAGAGAAAUUCAAAAUUGAAUGUCUGACCGAUAUUAAGAAUCUGUUCCAUCCAAACACAGAGCCCUUCUACGCAGCGUUUGGAAACAGAGCUACGGAUGUGUAUGCAUAUAAGGAAGUUGGAGUUCCUUUAAAUAGAAUAUUUACAGUCAACCCAAAAGGAGAACUGAUUCAGGAACAUGCCAAGACAAAUAUUUCAUCGUAUGGGCGCCUAUGUGACGGCGUCGAUCACGUCUUCCCCCCCAUCGGCGAUGGCGAAUUCUCUGACCCGUCCUUUUCUGACUCCUUCGGUCAGGUGGGCCGCAGUGUGGAGCAGGAAAUGCAGUGUCCAGCGCAGUGCACUGGCGGUAACCCAGAUUCACACGCUGAAGCCAUUUGACCAAAUGGUCAGGCACAUGCAUCGGAAAAUGUAGGUCAAUGUGUGGAGAGCAGCUUUUCACUGACUUACUGGAAAAUUGUGCCGUUAAAUGAACAUAUGAACACAUGCAUGCAUGUACAGGCUGUGUAAACAAACCCACGCAUACAAACAAAAGACAAACACUGUCUCAAUAUGUGAGACUUGAGUUUCAGGGUCACAUUGCUAGUAUCACUUUAGCGUCAUCAUUGCAGUUGCAAGUAAAUUGUGCACAUUUGUCAUUUUAAUUUUGUUCAUUACCAAGUUUGUCAAUGCUGAGAAAUAACUACUCUGUUACAUUUUGUUUAAUAUAGCUAUAGCAAUGAAAAAUAACCUUUAAACGGGAUACUGCUGCAAUAUCUCACAAAUAAUAUGUAAUAUACUAUAUAGAUGUUCAUGAAAUUCCUCCAUUAUCAUUUGCAGGGUUACAACAUACUCAGUCUUGGCUUGCGAUGGUUGGCAGCAAUUAACAUAUCAGUAGCAUGCACCAAGCACUGUUACUUUGAGUCUUGUCAAAAAUGUGUAGAUAUAGAGGAGAAACGCUUUUAGUCAUUUUUUACUUCAAAUGACUUUAAAUACACACAUUAGCAAUGUACAAUCAUGUGAGUUAGUUAAGCAAGUAGUAAAGACAUAAUGUACUUGUUAAUUUAAGGGAAACUCAGGACUUCAUAGAUUUUCAAGUCAGAUUCAGAGCAAUGUUUGCCUGCAGUCUUCUCCUCCUACUGUACAUGCAGAUGAGUACCUCCAACUGUCAUUUAGAAUUGUUUUCUGUAUUUAAAUGACAGCAAGUUACCCAGACGAUGUUUUUUCACUGGGUGGUAGCAACACUGACAUUUCUAACGUUUCACCAGAAUUGAUUUGAUAUAUUUUGUGUGUGUAUAUAAACUAUUUCUCAAGCCUUGCUGAGAAAAAUUAUAUCUUUAUUUAAAUUCAUAACGUAAUAUUAUUUCUGAAAUAAAUUAUGAAGCAUAUGCAGUUUUAAAGAUAAUUGUGCCAACAUGUGACCAUAAUGGGAACCUGCAGUGUUCACUGUAUUUUAGUCAGUUUAAGUUUAAUGCAGGGGUCUCCUACUAUCCAGUAGGUUUCCCAUCAUUCCCGGCUUCUGAUGAGCCACACCUGUUCCUGAUAUUUACCUGACAGCUGGUGUGGCUCAUCAGAACCCAGGUAUGAUAGAAAUCCUACUGGACGGUAGCUUUCCAGGACCGGAGUUAGAGACCCCUGGUUUAAUGGUACAUGCAGUUUAUUUAGAGAACAAGUAGUAGUAAACUGAAAGCAGAGGUUUUUGAAUUUUGGAUAUUGAAAAUUUGGCUAGCUAGUGAUUAACUGCAGAGUUGUUUAUGAGCUGUUAAGAGAUUCUUUGAGUUACUGUGAUGUAUAAAGCUAGUUGUUUAAUAUUUCAUUCUUAUGUCAGUCUUGUGCAACAUUAACACACAGAUGAUGGAAACCCUUGGCAGCGUUUGCAUCUAUAGCCUUUUCUUGUGUUUUGCUACAUGGCUAAUAAAGGUAACAAUUAGCUGCCGAUGGAUAGUGUUGUAAGCACACAGUGGGUUACAGAUAGUAGGCAAUGUUAUCUGACCAAAGGGUGACUUUAAAUAAUCAGUUGAAUGCUGGGUUACAGAAGCUCAUAGGCCCCGCAAGCCUUGUAUGCAAUGAUCACCUUCCCUGUCUGAGGAAUGACCUUGCGAGUCAAUGGCCUGUCAGAUAGAAGAAGCAGAAUCACCCUGUUGUGUGAAAUGUGGAUUUAGUUUUUCGCUGUUCAAAGCGCACACAUACAUUUUCCCUUUAACUCUUGAACGCCAGUGUGUAUUGCAUCCUUGUCGGUAUCAAUUUAUAUGUUGUGUGUAGAAAAAGGUGUAAUACAUUCAUUGAGUGUGUAUUGCUUAUGAUAGAUGUGCAUACCAGAUUGGUGAAAUCCACAUUGUUUUCUGAAAUGUACUACUUUAAAUGGCAUUGGACAGCCAUUGAUCUUUUCUUUUAUCAUAUUGAUACUUGAUCAUGAUUCAUUGCAUUGUAAUAGUAGCUGAGUAGUUAAAUUGUACUUUAGAUGAUCAUGUUCCUAGUCAUAUCAUUUACUUUGUUGUUCAUUGUUGACUUCUUUAUAAAUAUGUUCAUUCAUAUUUCCCAUUUUUGCAGAGCUCAGCCCUUAGUGUUAUCUUGCCUGCGUUACUAGCCAGGCCUGCACCUUCACCUCUGUUUUCCAUAAUGGGCAUUUUAUUAUUAUAAUACAGAUGUAAUUAUAUUUGUCAUUUGUAGAAGCACAAGUACAGAGGAAUUCUUCUGUUUACAUGUAUUGCAUCUUGCUCACCUAAGAGGGUGAUGUUGUUUAAAGUGCACGAACACUUUUUGGGGUUAAGGACUUUGCUCAAGGGGCCAACAGUGAUAUGAUAAUUCUGCUGGCCGUGGGAUUCAAACCAGCAGGGAUAACAGACCGCCAACCCCAUAGAGGCACAAACCGCCCUACAAUUAUCACAUUCUUUCUGUGAAAGAGCGGUAUAAAGAAAAAAAAAGUCUAUUAAUCCACUUUAUGUUCAGAUGUACUUAAUUAUUGUAUUGUGAAAUGUUAGAUUGUCAUAUAUUUGUACUGUUAUUUGCGUCAAUAAAUAUAAGCAAUAAUUA